AUGAACCAACUCGCUUCGCUAUUACUUCUCGCCUCUGCCCUUUCCGGCAAUGCAGCUGCAUCACCUAAAGGCCCUCCAUCAAACACAGGCCUGCUACAGAUGGUUACGUACGUCAAGCGUAACCCCAACAUGACGCUCGACGAAUUCUGGCAGUAUUGGGAUACCCAUCAUGCUCCCAAGGUGAUCCCUCUAGCAACGCACUUUGGCAUCGCUCGAUACCAACAGGUAGGCUUGACCCUAUCCCACUCCUAUAGUGUCUCCCUGUAUUUGGAUCGGACUGACAUUUUCUUUGCUCAGGUCCGAGUCGCAGGAAAGAUUGUCCCAACCGAUGCCGGCGUCACCGAGCCGGUAUCGAAUGACCUCGUGAAUUUUGACGGAAUCGCCAUGUUCCUUUACGAGUCGGCUGAUGUCUUGAUUGAUAUGCUCUCUCAUCCUUACUAUGUCAAUGUCGUUGAACCAGAUGAGCAUGUCUUCAUUGACAAGUCAGCUCAUGGAAAUGGCAUGGUCGCUACAUACAUCGGCGAGCAUAUCGAUGCAGUGGACGAUGCCAAAAGUGUUUGGAAGGGAGACAAGAAGACACUUUCGAAAUACCAGAAGUUGUUCAAGAAGUAUUGA